AUGAGAAAGAAAAGAUGCACGAAUGGGAAAAAACGAUUCCGAACAAAAUUCACUCAAGAUCAGAAAGAAAAGAUACACAAAUUAGUUGAACGAGUCGGAUGGAAGAUGCAGAAGCGAGACAAAGACUUAAUAAUCGGAUUCUGCAACGAAAUUGGGGUCGAUAAAGGGGUUUUCAAAGUCUGGAUGCAUAACAACAAGAUGACGUUCGGCGUCAAGAAAGAUUCCGGCAACCACAACAACGACAAUGGAUCUCCCGGCGGUGGAAUUGAUUUCUUAACAAAUAGAAAUAACCACCACGAACAAUCAAAAUGUCUUCCUUCGUAUGUUUGCAGAUUUUUGAGUAGAUUUCAGGGGGAUAAGCGAUUUAUUGAAAAGGAAAGGGAGAGAAAGACAGACAGCGAUAGAACUGCUAAGAUUCUUGGACCUCUGGGUGUGGCCGCCAUGGAUGCUCCAGGAACCUCCUCUCUUUGUGUGAGUAUGGGAUCCUUAGGGUUUGAAAAUGAUAUCCCGGGCCCAAAAACAUACCGCAAUCUCGGACUCAAAGAAACAUACAAGCAAAAUCCAGGAAACCCAAAAGUUCUAUCCCUCCUUUCUUCACUUCUUGAAAGAUCUAUAAUAAAGAACGAGGCCCUUCUCGAGGCAACACAAACCAAAGAUGUUGUUACAGCUUUUCAUGGUUCAAGAGCCCCUACACUUAGCAUCAAAGAGUACAUUGAUCGCAUCUUUAAAUACUCAAGCUGCAGCCCUUCAUGUUUCGUUGUUGCACAGGUGUAUAUAGAUCGGUUUAUUCAUUGUGGAAAUGUUAAUUUGACGUCUCUUAGUGUUCAUCGCCUUCUUAUCACCAGUGUCAUGCUUGCUGCAAAGUUCAUUGAUGAUGCAUUCUACAACAAUGCGUAUUAUGCUAAAGUGGGAGGAGUGACAACAGCAGAAUUGAACAGAUUGGAAAUGAAAUUCCUAUUUGGUCUUGACUUUCGGCUCCAUGUAAGUGUCGGUACGUUUGGGAAAUAUUGUUCUGAAUUGGAAAAGGAAAAGGAAGUGCUUCAGGUGGAAAGACUGCCACGUGUGAUUCAUGCUGCUUGUGGACUCAAGGAGAACUGGUCCACCACUGAUAAUGACUCUGGUUCUUAUGCAACAGCUGAAAUACAUAUCAUAUAGGUAGAGAGUUUAGGCUUAGAAAUGUUUUUUUUUUUUUUUUUUGUUGGUUGUAUUAAAACUGGGGUAGAAGUUAAGGAAUAAAUUUUUUGGGAUUCCUAUGCACAUAUUGAAGUGCAAGUUUGGUGUUAUUGUAUUAGAGUGAUGUUAUGUGUGAGUGAAAAACACGAGUGGAAAGCCUUG